AAGUUGUAUCUAUGUUAUUUGUAUCUGUCCCUAUCCAAAUAAACAUGAUAAUAAUAAAAGUGCAAUAUUUCCUGAAAUGUACGUCUGCCUUUUUAAAAACAACGCAGGGUCACGUGUUUAUUCACAUUCACGCUGUCACAAACAGCAUCUCAAAGGAAUGAAGCCGUGCACGUGGUUCUGAGCACGGCCGUGGAGCGAUGGCCGGUUUUCCCUCAGUGCUGCGCCUCCGCGCGGCGCUUUACGGCAGUGGUGCUGAUGCGGGAUGAGUCAGGCGAUGUGAUGCUGCUGCCCCUGCUGCCAUUUCAUCAGCAGCGGAACCCCACGGACACGCCGCGACGCACGGGGUUGACACCGCGGGACCCCCCUCCUCCCCCCGCCUGACAGCCACGGGGGGCUUUUUCUCUUUCGUGGCUCCGGGUUUUAUUCUCGUUUUUGGAUUCUCAUUUCGUCGCACUUGCUGCGUCUCGUCGCUCGGUUCUCGACCGGAACCUGACACCAAGGAGAGAAUCUGCCCAGCCCCCCCCCCCCCGCAUUCGGGCUUAUUCUUGUUAUUUUUGGGGGUGAGGCCCCCGAAGUCCGACCCCACCGCACCAUGGAGCCCGCGCCGGCCUGCCUGUGAACACGCUCCGGCCUGAGCCGCUCUCCAAAAGCGACGGACCCGCGCACCGGGCAGAGAGCGCGCCGGGCGGGUCAUGGAGGCCAUCUGGCUCUACCAGUUCCGGCUGAUCGUCAUCGGGGACUCGACGGUGGGCAAGUCGUGUCUGAUCCGCCGCUUCACGGAGGGCCGCUUCGCGCACGUGUCGGACCCCACGGUGGGCGUGGACUUCUUCUCACGGCUCGUGGAGAUCGAGCCGGGCAAGCGCGUCAAGCUGCAGAUCUGGGACACGGCGGGCCAGGAGCGCUUCAGGUCCAUCACCAGGGCCUACUACCGCAACUCGGUGGGCGGGCUCCUCCUGUUCGACAUCACCAACCGCCGCUCCUUCCAGAACGUCCACGACUGGCUGGAGGAGGCCCGCAGCCACGUGCAGCCCCACAGCAUCGUCUUCCUGCUGGUGGGCCACAAGUGUGACCUGGAGGCCCAGCGCCAGGUGACCCGGCAGGAGGCAGAGAAGCUGGCGGGCGCCUACGGGAUGCGCUACGUGGAGACGUCGGCCCGCGACGCCAUCAACGUGGAGCACGCCUUCACCGAGCUCACCAGGGACAUCUUCGCCCUGGUGCGGUCCGGAGACAUCGCCAUCCAGGAGGGCUGGGAAGGCGUGAAGAGCGGCCUCGUCCCCAACGUCGUCCACUCCUCCGAGGAGGUCACCAAGAGUGACCGCCGCUGUCUGUGUUGAUCUGGUCUGGGGACAGCUUUUUUUCGGGACUGAAGGUGGGGGGGGGGGAGUGUCCCCCUCUCGUCCUAUAUGCAAUCACAUGACCACACGCCAAACCACCACUUGGUGUCCACCAUCGUCCGAGCACACUAAGCAUAUUUCAGUGAAAUUGUCUACGGCGUCGACUCCUUCUGCUCACACGCCGCUCUUUACGCUCGCCGCUGACCCGGUUACUAACAGACCCCCCCAGCAGCUUCGGGGGCCCGGCCCUCACCGGUUGGACUCGCUGUGGCCGAUGGAGCCACAAAGCACCUCAGGUGUGGAGGCCCAUUUGGGUUCCUGGGAGGUGACCCAAUCCCAGAGGGACAAGGUGACCACGCAGAGGACGUCCUCCAACACACCAUCUUCACGGGGGACGGACCGGGCCGCUUUUCCGAUACCAAAGCCGGUUGCUAACGGCAACGUCACGUCAUGUGACCAAGUGCAAAAGGAGCUUUCUCUAAUUCUAGCGACACGUUCUCUCUCCAGACGUGAGGCCAGUUACUGAUGUUUUUCUUUUUUAAAGCCAAUGAGUGAAUCACAACAUCGAAUAAAAGGUUUUUAAGGAACACCUGAAUUAAUGUUACACUAUUUAAACAUUUAAACACAUUUGAGAUCAGCACUGGACCAAAUCCAUCUGUUUGGAUGAACCACGUUGAUUUGCUGUAAUUCUUUUAUUCAUAUAAUUGGUUCAGCUAUAAUUCAUGAGCUCUUGUUUUUUGUCCUUAACGUGAGGCACAGGCCUAAAUGAAUGCUCCAUCCUCGCUAUGAUGGCCAUCAUUUCAUCAAGCCCCCCCCAAACGUUCACACGCUACGCCUUCUUUGGCUCCAAAGAGUUCUGCUGGUGUUUUCUUCAUUUAACAUGAAUGUAUCAGCCGGGAAGAAAGAGGUUUUGAAAAGAGGCGCAAAAGAGUCAAUUUGUUAAAAAAAAAGAACUGGUGAUUUAGAUGAUGUGAGACUUAAUUUUAGUUAUAUUUCAUUCCCUUUGUUUCAACAUUAUUCAUAUAAGACUUUUGGGUACCGGUGUUUUUGAAAUUGAACAUUUUCAAGCUGCUGGAAGCUCUUCACUCAGAUGCUCUGUGGAAAUAACUGCCUUUGUCGUUUGGGGACAUUUAGCUUAUUGUCUGAGCACUUGUUAAAGACGAGAAGACGUCGUGCUGGAGGAGCCGUCGAGUCACAUGACGCGACUGGACCCGGACUUCUGUUCAAUCCGAGCUUCAGUCUUUAUGCUAAGCUACUUUAAAGGAUCCCCACAUGUGGAGGAAGCAGAUAUGGUUUUUGGACUGUGAAAGGUCUCUUAGAUUCGGAGCUGAACUUCUCGCCCAAAUCAUUUGACGGCUCAGUUGCUUUUGUUGCCCAGUAACGAAGGUUAAUAAUGACUGUGCACUCCCCUCAUGGCUCUGCUUUCCUUCGAGGCUCACAGACAGCGGAGGAGGAACAUCUAAAGGCCUCACAGGAGCCACAAGGCUUCAUCUCUCUGAGACCCUGAAUCUCUCCGUCUCUCCCUCUGCGCUACUCAUCUCCAGCUGAAAUGUACUAAGUGAAUAAAACGUGACUGGAAUAUAGAAAUA